GCCAUUUGUCGUAAGCGGUGGGUAUCUCCUCGGCUCUGGUUUCUAAACGUUCUAAAACUCCUCUUUCAGUUUAUCACGGCAGGGUUUUAUGGUUUGUAGUCGACCACCUGCACAACUUUCAAAAUGCAGAACGACGCUGGUGAAUUUGUGGACCUGUACGUCCCACGCAAAUGCUCUGCGAGCAACAGAAUCAUCGGCGCCAAGGACCACGCCUCCAUCCAGAUCAACAUCGCUGAGGUUGACAAAGUGACCGGCCGCUUCAACGGUCAGUCCAAGACCUACGCCAUCUGUGGAGCCAUUCGCAGGAUGGGAGAAUCUGACGACUCCAUCCUGAGGCUGGCCAAGGUCGACGGCGUUGUUGCAAAGAACUUCUGAGAGUCGCAUUGGAUGAAUCUGUGGAACGUUUGUUAAAUAAAGUGGAAGAAAAAAAGCAA